AUGUUAUUAUCUACAGCUAUUGGUAAGAGUCAUGUUCCCAAAAUAUCAAAAGAUGGGAUGCCAGAUUUAAUCCGUUCAAUUGCAGAGAACCAUGAAGCUGGCCAGCCAUUUUAUCUCAUGGAUUUGGCUAUAAUUGAAAAGCUAAUGGACAAAUGGAACCAUUCUUUUCCAAAUAUAAAACCUUUCUAUGCUGUGAAAUGCAACACCGAACCUGCUCUUCUUACUAAACUAGCCAAAUUGGGUGCAAAUUUUGAUUGUGCUAGCCAACUAGAAAUAGAAACCGUCUUAAAUCUCGAAAUUGGCCCAAACCAAAUCAUAUUUGCUAACCCAUGCAAAGCUAUUUCCCACAUCAAAUACGCAGCCAAUGUUGGGGUCAAUCUCACAACUUUUGAUUCCAAACUUGAAAUUGACAAGAUCAAGAAAUGGCACCCACAUUGUCAUUUGUUGCUUCGAGUUAAAGCGCCUAAUGAUAGCGGCGCAUUACGUCCCCUGGGAAAAAAAUUCGGCGUGCUACCAGAAGAA